UUUGCAUUCCUCGAUUCAGGUAGUAUUAGUAUUGCACAGAAACACAGAGAUUCCUUAGAAGAUCAUCAAUGGCUGUCAAAUUUUACAUUGUGUACUACUCAAUGUACAGGCAUGUGGAGAGACUAGCAGAAGAAAUAAAAAAGGGGGCUGAUUCUGUUGAAGGUGUUGAGGCCAAACUAUGGCAGGUACCAGAGACAUUGCCAGAAGAGGUGCUUGGUAAGAUGGGGGCACCACCAAAGAGUGAUGUACCAAUCAUUACCCCUCAUGAGCUCUCUGAGGGUGAUGGAUUUGUGUUUGGCUUCCCAACAAGAUUUGGAAUGAUGGCUGCACAGUUUAAAGCUUUUCUAGAUUCAACUGGAGGUCUAUGGAAAACACAACAGCUUGCUGGCAAGCCUGCUGGACUCUUCUACAGCACAGGUUCCCAAGGUGGUGGGCAAGAGACAACAGCGCUCACAGCUAUAACUCAGUUGGUUCAUCAUGGAAUGUUGUUUGUUCCAAUUGGAUAUACAUUUGGUGCUGGAAUGUCUGUAAUGGAUGAACUGAAAGGUGGAAGUCCAUAUGGUUCAGGAACUUAUGCUGGUGAUGGCUCAAGACAGCCCACAAAGCUUGAAUUGGAGCAAGCAUUUCACCAAGGGAAGUACAUUGCUACCAUCACCAAGAAGCUCAAGGAAGCUGCUUAAUGUUGAGGAUGCUUGAAAAUCUUUAUCCAUCUUUUAUACAGUUCUACUCCUUCAAUGUUGAUUUCUAUUUUUUAAUGUAUUGGGUUUUACUUUGCUGUUAUUGAUUUGUUGAAUAAAAAAGUUUGUAAGUCUUUUGCAAUAGGCUAGAAACAUACUUGUUCUCUUUUGUA